GAAUGUUAUUCGAAAAAGACCCACAAUGACCAUACUUAUGUGCUUUAUGAUUUUAAAUUGUGUAGCCGCAUCGGCUUUACAAUAUUCUGCCCCGGAUGAUUGUGAUUGGACCCAAAUCAGUUCCAAUGACGUAUCACUGUCAUGCAAUCUCCAAACAAUCGUUGCUUCUGGAGUACUGGCUACCAAUUUCAGCCUCAUACAAAGUGAUCAUACUGUUGCUAUGAGUGUUACCUGCGAAUCUUUAUUUUUUGAAAGUUCUCUUGCCCCAGCCUCUUUCUCCCAUCUUCGUAAUCUAAAGGCACUUCAAUUUAAGCAGUGUAAAAUCAAAGAAGUUCCAAGAGAUGCGUUUUCUGGGUUAACCGAGUUAAAAAAUCUUAGUAUUCGCACUAUGAAUGAUGAAUGGGGAGAAUUUUCUUUGUCCAUUCACCCCGAAAGCUUCAAUGAAUUACACCAAUUAGAAACUCUUGAUCUAGGACAUAAUAAACUUCAGAAGUUUACUGACAGAACAUUUUGUCACCUCAGUUCAUUGAAAACUCUCAAUUUGACCCAAAAUGAAUUGACCUCAGUGAUCUCCCAUGUAGAUGGCGUUAGCAAAGUAUAUGAGUUUUGUGUCAAUGACUUAUCCGAAUUAGAUUUGUCUCACAAUAAAAUCAUGCAAGUUGAAGCAAAUGACUUGAAAUAUUUUAAGAGCUUACGUCUUUUGAGGCUUGCGCACAACUAUAUUGCCUCAUUAGACUGUAACAUACUGAAAGAUUUUUCAAAAUUACAGGUUAUUGAUAUGUCUUACAAUCACCUAAGCACAUUACCAGCAAUGUUGUUCGAAGAUUCACCUGAUAUUAGAGAAAUGAACCUUCAAAAUAAUUCAAUCAACCACCUCCCUCAAGGUCUCUUAAAUGGACUGCAGCAGCUUGUUAUUCUCAAUUUUAGCUUUAACAAAAUUUCAAGUGAUUCAAUAAGACCAGAAACAUUUGUAGAUCUUAUUCGUUUAGUCAUACUUGAUUUAAGUCAUAACGAACUUAACAACAUAAACAAUACUUUAUUUCAGUCUCAGUAUUCACUUCAAAUGUUGUUUUUAUCUCAUAACAAUAUAGAUACUAUUGCAGACAAUUCCUUUUCGUCCCUGUAUAAUUUGCAUACUUUAGAUCUGAGUCAUAAUCGCAUGAAGUAUUUGGAUAUAUUUACACUGAAUGGCCUUUACGUUAUCAGUAAUUUAAAAUUGUCUUACAAUAGCAUUUACGGUAUUAAUCCAGAUGCAUUUAAAAAUUGCAGCAGUGUACAAGAUUUGACACUGAAAGGAAACAACCUGAGUUUUAUCCCAACUGCUUUGACAUCUUUACAAUUUUUGAAAACCUUAGAUUUGAGUAAUAAUAGCAUCCAAGGCUUAUAUAACGCAUCAUUUCGUGAACUCAAACAACUACGCCAUCUUUCGCUUUCAAUGAAUAUAAUAGGAAACUUAACCAGAGGAACAUUUAAACACAUGGUUGGUCUAAAAGAACUAGAUUUAUCGAAGAAUAAGAUUCAGAACCUAGAGCAUGGAAUAUUUGAUGACAUUGAAAGUGUCAGCAAAAUUGACCUAAGUGAUAAUCAACUUUUGGAUAUUAACGGUCUUUUCAUGAAUCUCAAGGGUCUAGUCUCAUUAAACGUAUCACGAAACAUGAUUUUCUGGUUUGAUUACGCUGUUGUACCGGCUGAGCUGGAAGAACUAGAUCUGCAUAGUAACGGAAUUGAAACAUUAGGAAAUUAUUACGAAUUAGAAGCAACACUUCAACUUCGCUCAUUGGAUGUUUCGCACAAUCUUAUAAUGGGAAUUAAUGCAGCUUCGUUCCCUAAUGGCAUCCAGUUUUUGAAGAUUAACGACAACCGCAUUAGCAAUGUUUAUCCUUUUACCUUUACUGCUAAAGGUAACAUCAGCUUCGUGAAUAUGUCUAAUAAUUUUAUUGAGACUCUUGACAUUAAUACAUUUCGAUUGAACCCAAAUGCGUUGAAAAAACCUUUCCCAAAAUUUGCUAUAUCUGGAAAUCCUUUCUUUUGUGACUGCAACAUGGAAUGGCUGCAGCAUAUGAAUAAGCCAGAUGCAACUCUACAGUAUCCGCACAUUGUAGAUUUAGAAAAAGUGAUGUGCCAGUUAUCUUUUACCCGCCAUGCCGCAUUCCUGCCCCUUUCAAAAUCAAAAUCAUCAGAUUUUCUUUGCAAGUACCGUAGUCAUUGUUUUGCCCUGUGUCACUGCUGUGAAUUUGAUGCUUGCGAUUGUGAAAUGGUUUGCCCAGAUAAUUGCACUUGCUACGCAGAUCAGACUUGGAAUACAAACAUUGUGGAUUGCAGUUCACAAAACUUUUCCUCUAUGCCAUCUGUUAUUCCUAUGGAUGUCACCGAUUUGUAUCUUGAUGGUAACAAUAUUUAUCAACUCACUAGUCACACAUUUAUUGGGCGCAAGAACAUGCGAAUUAUAUUUUUAAAUAACAGUAACAUCCAUGUUAUCAACAACAGAACUUUCAACGGUUUAUUGACACUUCGUAUCUUACAUUUGGAAAACAAUCAGCUAGUAUCGCUUAAUGGAUAUGAAUUUGAGACAUUAAUUCAUUUGGAAGAGUUAUAUCUUUCAAGUAAUAAAAUUAGAUUUGUUGCAAAUACUACGUUUCAAAAUUUAAAAUCUCUCACACAUCUGCAUUUAGAUCACAAUCUUAUCAUGGACUACCAAGUUUGGAAUCUUAAGUUAAACACUCGUCUUACUAGCCUUCAGUUAGGACAUAAUCCUUGGAACUGCAAUUGUCAGUAUUUGGAAUCUUACUACGAAUGGCUUCAAAGUUCUUCUUCGCUGAUAAAGGACAUUGCAUCCGUUCAAUGCCGCUAUAACCAAUCUGCAGGGCCUUAUCUUGUAGAAUUCAACGUGGCUUCGUGCUCUAAUUACACAGCUAUUACCUACUUUCAAGCCGUGUUCCAAGCAGACUAUAUGCCCAUCAUCAUUAUUGUACCUAUUGUGAUUCUAAUUUUGCUUUUGCUUACGAUUCUCAUAUGUGUGUACCGGAAAGAAAUAAAAGUGUGGCUGUAUACUAAGUAUGGCAUCCGCCUUUUUGAGAGAAACACUUUUCCACCUGAAACGGAAAAACUUUUUGAUGCUUUUAUUUCCUACAGUAAAAAGGAUGAAAAUUUUAUUUCACAGUUUUUAGCUCCUGAACUCGAAUAUGGUACUCCAUCUUACCGCCUGUGUUUAAGAUAUCGUGAUUUGCCAAUGUCUGGAUAUGUUGCUGAGGCUAUUACUGAAGCCAUUGAAUGUAGUCACCGAACAAUUAUUGUUCUCUCCGAGCAAUUCCUUAAGAGCGAAUGGUGCCGCUUCGAAUUGAAAAGUGCCCACCGUGAAUCGCAGUGCAAUCGAAAGCACAAGUUGGUUGUGGUGAUCAUGGAUAAACUGUCAAUAAAAGACGUUGAUCCUGAUGCAAGAAUGUGCUUCCGCAGUGCCCCUGUCAUUCGUUGGGGCGAUAAAAGGUUCUGGGAGAAGUUGAAAUACGCCAUGCCAAAUGGACAGGGUCAGCAGAAACCAGAUCCUAAAAUCAAAUUUUCUCAAAGACUGCCGAAUUCAAAUAGCAUCAAGCUUGUGUAGUGGUUUUUGUAAAGAAAAUCCUGUGUUAACGAGUUUUCCUUUUGCAUCAUUAAGUUGCUCAGGAUUUUCUUAUAUUUACGUAAUUUUUUGUUCCUAUCAUGUAUUCAGUCUUAUGAAGGUGUUAGGCAUUCCUGUUUAUUAUUAUUUCAUAUUCAGUCGUUUACAAUACAUGUUUUUGUCAUACGAAAUUUCGGGUAGUGAUGAGUUUUACUUCAGCUAUCCCGUGCCCAGUGAGAAUACUGAAGAAGAGUACAUUUUUCUGUCCAGAAAAAUUGCUAUGUCUUCACUACGAGUAUUCGAGUUUCCAGAGCUUUUUACCAACUGUACAAUUAUAUAAACAAGACUUUUCAGCAUAAGUUUUUCCUUUGAACUAUGAUUGUGGUCAUCGAUAUUUGACCACAACUAAUUCGCCAUUGUAUGCUUCUUGUGCCACUUAACUGUUGUCCAACAUGAAGCAUUGGUACAUUUUGUGUUAAACAUGUGAGGCGUUUUUAUUCGUACUUUCCAAAGCAUUUCUUGUAUUGUGUAUUUUGCUUUAAUUGCAAUUUGUUCCUCAUCCAGACGACUGAGCAGUGCUCUUGACGAUUGUACAUAAUGGAGAAUGUGUGCACAUAACGCAGCUGUCUAUGUUUAUUUUUCCCGUCAAUUUCAUGCUUCCAGACAGUACAUGGUCUCUAACGUCCUUUUUUUACCAACUAUUUUUCAUUAAAAUGUGAGAGACAUUCAAUGGCUGCCUGCUAUCCACGCAAACUGAUUCCUGAAUUAUGUAAACAACUUUGAGGAACGGACUAGGGUUUGCUUUAGAAUUAAACUUUCUUACAUGAAUUUAUGUUGCUUAGUCCUAUACUGUGCCUGGACUGAACAAUGAAGCGUGUUUUGGAUAUAUAUAUAUUUAUUCGAAGAUAUUGGAAAGGAAUAGCAUCAGAAUUAUCUUCCACUUGAUCCAGUGGAUGCGAGUGUAGAUAUGUUCAAACUGUGUUAUUUGCUGGAAAUGUUCGAAAAUUUAUCGCAAAUGGUUCAAACUUGCAGCACGAAAGUUCGGCCAAAUUUUUAAUGCGUGUACGACUGAAAGCAAAUUGUUGUUAGAAGCUAUCCUCAUUUAUAUAUUUUUUUAAACAUUUUUUCCAUUUGAAACUUCAAUUAUCUUUAUCUUUGACUCCUUUUUUAUUUAAUCCUUUUCAUAGAUACUGAUAUAAUGGUUAAUUAGAACUAAUAUUGAAAGCUGUUAGACAGUUUUCAUCAGUGACAUGAAUGUUUUUUUAAUUAAUGAAGUUGGAAAGUGUUAUUUCAUAUUAUUUUGUUCACUAUUUUUUACUGUCGAAAUUCACUCAAAAUGUAAAACACCAGGCAAUAAUCAAAUUAAACACUUAAAAUGAAAGUAAAAUAUAAGUAUUACUGAAUCUAAAGCAAAAUUUACUGCAAAUACAGAUUAUACAUUACUUGAGCGACAUCAUUUCUGCUAAACUCUUAAUUUUAAUCACAUUUUAGCUCUAUUGUAUUAUUAUGAAAAAGUUUUUUUCGUCUUCAUAUUUUACUGAACUGUAUUGAUCUUCUCUUUCAUGAAUUAUAUUCGAGAGCUCAUUAUUAAUUUUAUCAGUAUUUUUUAUUUUCUUUGUAUCAGAUUCUGAGACGUGUUUCACGCGAAGUAUUAAUGGCAAAUCAAUGGAUUUUUAACUCAUGCAAUGACCCAGAAAGGCGAGGAAACAUUUAAGCACCAUUAUUUCGUAAUUAUAAAUCUCUGAAAAGCUUUUAGCACACGCUUUUUAAAUGUCCGUCUUUAUUAUUUGUCACCACUUUAACUGAAUUGUUUGUUCGCAUCAGUUAAAAAGCUUUCAAGAAAAUACUUGAGUUUUUUGCUUCAUCUUUUAAUGAAGCUGUAUAUGAUCGAUUAAAACCUUAGUGUUUUUAAUUGUGCAUGAAAUGUUGCUGUAUUUAUCGAAAUUGGGCUCCUGUAACAAUCCUUUUUUAAGUUCGUGGAUCAUUUAGUACACAUAUUUUUUUUUACUUUUAACUAUAUUCACAAUUUUAAUUCUAUUACUUCAAAAUAUUUUAAAUACAUUUUUGGCAGGUCCAAAAUUGGAUCGUAAAUUUCUUAGAAAUUUUCGAGUGACUUAAUUAUUUAAAAAUUUUGACUUGAUAAAAUUCAUUCCAGUUCCGUUUUUAUUUAAUAUUUAUAAUCAUUAUUAUAUUUAAAAUGCAUCAUUUAAAGAAUUGGUAAUGCUUGCUUUUUAUGUUUUACCGAUUAGUGUAUUAUGUGAAAAAGUUUUGAGUUUAUGCAAACAAUAUUUUUGUAGUCGUGCACUUCUUAAAGUUCUCUUGCAAAGUGCAGAAGGCCAAGCUUUACACGCUAUGCCUCGUAGCUGUGAUUAACAGGAAUCCUGCCCAACUGAUUGUAGAAGUGGUGCUAGCUUCGGAUUUUCUUCGUACAUUCACACGUCAUUUUGGAGCAUUGCGAUAUCUGUGAUAAUAUUCGAAUACUUUUUCUUAUACUGUCUGUUGUAAUAAAGUAGAUGGUAACA